UUUGAAAAGCAGCUGUUAUAGGAAAUUAAUCAACAUUUUCUGGCUAAUCAGAAUUAAACAGUGUUGUGUCAAUAUGGGCGGUAGUGACAGCAAACAGUGGGUUCUCCUGGCAGCGGGUUCUAAAGGCUGGGAGAACUACAGACACCAGGCCAACGUGUGUCACGCGUACCAGAUUGCACAACGGAAUGGCAUUCCAGAUGAACAGAUUGUGGUGAUGAUGUAUGAUGAUGUCGCUUAUAAUGCAGAAAAUCCCUUUCCUGGAAACCUAAUCAACGUACCAAAUGGCCCAAAUGUUUACCCUGGGGUUCCAAAGGACUACACUAAAGCGGAGGUGUCAGCUGCAAACUUUCUGGCUGUACUGCGUGGAGAUUCAGCUGCUGUCAAGAAAACAGGACCAAAAAAAGUAAUACAAAGUGAUAAAAAUGAUUCUAUCUUCAUCUACUUAACAGACCAUGGAGGUGUUGGGAUCUUCCAUUUUCCUCAUACCACACUUUACGCACAUGACCUCAUUGACACAGUGAAAACAAUGUCAAGGAAUGGCAAAUUUUCAAAGAUGGUCAUUUAUUUGGAAGCGUGUCAUUCUGGAUCCAUGCUGGAGGAGCUGCCAAAAGAAGGCAAUGUGUAUGCAGUUUCUUCAUGCCAGCCAGAUGAAUAUACCUAUGCUUGGUUCCGGGACAAGCAAAGAAACGCCUUUCUUUCUGAUGUCUUCACUGCUCACUGGCUACAUCACACCAAGACAGUAAAACUUAACACGACUUCAUUUGGAGAUCAGUUUUCCUACCUGAGGAAAAACGUCAGUGAGGAUGUGAAAAAGAAAACAGGAAAGACUGAGACACCAUGUAACUAUGGAAACAAGGGCAUGUUGAAGUUAAUGUUGAGUGAAUUUCUUGGAGAAUCCCCUGACUCUGUCAGAGAGGCCUACACGUCCCAGCCCCUGAACAUUCAAGUGUAUGAUGUGGUAGACACUACAGAAGUUCCACUGAUAAUCCAAGAAAACAGGAUUAAAAAUGAACAGGACUGGAGGAGAAAAGAGGCCCUCAGAAGACAAUAUAAUGAACUUAAAAGAAAGAGGAGGAUAAUGGAUGAAGCACUGCAGAAGAUUGCUGAGCGCACAAACACUUCACGAGCUCUGACUGAAAAACGUGAGGUGACUCGCACGUACGAACUCAAAGCCGUGGCUGAGCAUUUCAGGACGACUCUCUUCAACUGGGAUGAAAAUCAGUUUGUUGUCACACGUCAUCACCUGCAGGUUUUAGUGAAUCUGUGUGAGUGUGGGGUGCAGGUUGAAAGAAUCACGGCAGCCAUUACCCAUGCGAGCCGUGAGAUUACGUUCUGAAGAAAAUGAACACAUUCCUGUUAUCGUGUCUACACCGUAAUCCGCAUCUAACUACUAUAGAAGAAUUUUCGUAAUCGGUGUAUGAUUUAAGUAUGAUUAAUCAAAUCAAGUCUAAUCAAGAGUUAAAAUACUUAGAAAUUAUGAGAUUUAUUACAUUUAGUACAUCCUACUCACGAAGAGAGUGACUUUAUGCGUAUGAUUUUAUAAGAAUAUUUCUGUGUGAGAAUACUUCUGUAUGUUACUCAAGAAACCUAAAACAAACUGCUGUGACCUUUGCAGGUGGACCGUGCUUGUGGGAAAACAAUAGGCACACAGUUCUCCUUCAUAAAUUGUAUCUUUGUCAGUCCAGGCUUGCUCCGUCAUAUCUCAUGGGAAGGUGUUUUUUUUCUCUACCAGAAUACUGAAGUGCAUUGCUGAAGUUGUGAUGAAUGUUAACUUUAAAAAACAAACAAACAAACAAACAAAAAAAAACUGAUUGAGCUCAAGCCAUGGUUAAAACCAAGAUAGAGAAACAAUGGAAUAUUUGAGGUGAGAGGCAGGUGUGUGAUUAAAAGAAAAAAAGAGAAAACUCCAUCUAGUGAGAUCAUUGUUUUUAGAAUUGUAUAAAAGCAUUAGCCACAACUAUGUAAAUCAGAUGAUCUGCAGACAUCUCGGCUUUGU